CAGCUUUUCCAACCCCCAGCAAGUUUUUGAUGCUGAGAAACACCUGUCAUGUGCAAGACACAAAAUUACACACACACACACCCUUGUCUUUCAGGUCAGCUAAUGCUGCUUCCCCACCUGUGGCUGCCGGAGGAGAGGCCGGGGGUCCCCCCGCCCCCCCACCCAACCUCACCAGUAACCGGAGGCUCCAGCAAACCCAGGCUCAAGUGGAUGAGGUCGUGGAUAUCAUGCGAGUGAAUGUGGACAAGGUCCUAGAGAGAGAUCAGAAACUUUCGGAGCUGGAUGACCGCGCUGAUGCCCUUCAAGCCGGAGCGUCUCAAUUCGAAACCAGUGCCGCCAAGCUAAAGCGCAAAUACUGGUGGAAGAACUUAAAGAUGAUGAUAAUUCUGGGGGUGAUAUGCGCCAUUAUCUUGAUCAUCAUCAUUGUUUAUUUCAGUACUUAG